GUCCGUAUAGAAGACGGUUAGCGGGUUGUCUCCGUUAUUUUCGUUCCGCACUCAUCCGUCCGUCAAAGUUUUGUUUUCCCUCGAAAGUGCGAUCGAUUGUCUCUUCCGCCGUAGCAGAUAAACAUUAUCGAAAGAGCUAUUAAAUCGAUAUCGAUCGUUGAAUAGCCUGUGUAGCACGGAGGAGGAAGAUACGUAAAUUUGAAAAUAUCUCAUUCGAAAGGUGUCAAAGCGUUCGAGAUUUUGGCAUUGUAAGCGGCACCUCUCACUGCUGUGGUGUACGGUCGCCGGAAAAGUGCAGCUAGGGACCCGUGGCACCCGUAGCUGUUUGUAUUACACUUUUGCCUCCCGUUUUCUCUUGCUCUGCUGCUGCUGCUGUAGUUUGGGUCGUUCGGAGCUCCGAAAAUAGUGUCAGAACUGGUCCAAACAAACCGCACGGACCCCAGCAGUAAACACACCUUCGAACCUCCCGAACCCUUUCCCCUGGCAGAGAGUGAGUGAGCUUCCGGGUGAGCUCCUCAAUAAUCGCUCAAAUUGGAGGCGAAAAAGGGAAAAAUGGUGCUGGCCGACCGAACUGCUGAGAAUGUCCGUAACGGACGACGAUCGCGAGGACCCAGUCCCAACGGUCACUCGGCAGCGAUGGCCGCCGGCGGAAUCACCGAAUCCAGCUCAGAUGACGAAAACUCACGGAAAAAUGGAAAUUCCUCCAAGGAAACGAAAAAGAAGAGCGAAUAUGAAGAGAAAAUCCGCGUCGGACGAGAUUAUCAAGCCGUGUGCCCAGAACUGAUACCGGCACCAGAGCGAAAGCCAGAAAACCUAAAUGACCGAGCUCUGCUGGUUUGGUCUCCCACGAAGGAAAUUCCAGACCCGAAACUGGAAGAGUACAUAACGGUGGCCAAAGAAAAGUACGGAUACAACGGCGAGCAAGCACUGGGAAUGCUCUUCUGGCACAAACAUGACCUCGAACGGGCGGUGCUGGAUUUGGCAAACUUCACACCCUUCCCAGAUGAGUGGACCGUCGAGGACAAGGUUCUGUUCGAACAGGCAUUCCAGUUCCACGGCAAAAGCUUCCACCGAAUUCGACAAAUGCUACCGGACAAAUCGAUUGCCAGCCUGGUCAAGUUCUACUACUCGUGGAAGAAGACGCGCAGCCGAACCAGCGUCAUGGAUCGGCAGGAGAAGAUUAAGAAGAACGACAGUUCGGAGAACGGAAGCGACCACGGGAGCAAUGAAGACUCGGACAACGACGACAAGCCAUCAACGGCAAGCACUGGCAUCAAUAAUCCAGCUUCAAAUUCCGCUGUGGGCAGUACCACCACCGGUGCCGCCGUCGCUGGCAAUGGCGGCUCAACGGUUGUCCCCAACUCAAACGGUACCACUGCACAGAACGAUUCAGGCGACAUUGCCAAGCCCGGUCCAAACGAAGCUGAAGGCGGUGGCGCGGCCUCUGUUCCAAGCGCAGCCUCCACCAACGGUAACAGUUCUCUCAACUGUUCCGGGUGUGGCGUUACGUGCAGCGAACUGAAUGCGACUCCCCAGGGCAAACUGUGCGGCAGUUGCUAUCAUCAUUGGAGACGUACCGGUGUUUUGCGUCCCACAUCCGGUCCGACUUUUAUGAACAAACGCGCGCGCAAUUCGAACCUGUUGGGCAAAUCCGGGGACAGUCACAAGCGUAGGCCCCCGCGGGGUAUGUACAUCAAUCACGACGACAUUGUCAAACUGGCCAACACGGCCCAGAACAAUAACAAUGCCGAACCGAAUCCCAACGACGACCUGCUGGCUGGGAUGGAUAGGGAAAUCGUUACCCUCUGGAGUCAAAUACAGUUGAACAAGCAGUCCAUCAGUGGUCUGAAGCGGAAGCUUGGUGUCGGUCAGGAGAAUAUGACUCGCCCGACGGAAUCUCCGACCAUUCGGGUCAGCAGUCGGUGGAACAACGAAGAACUAUUGCUGGCCGUACAGGGCGUCCGGAAGUAUGGUCGCGAUUUUCAGGCAAAUGCUGACACGAUCGGCACCAAGACCGAAGCACAGUUGCGCACCUUUUACGUCAACUACCGUCGGAAAUUCAACCUGGACAACGUGCUGAAGGAGUUUGAGGCAGAACAGAAGCAACUUCAAGAGCAAAUGAAUAAUAAUAAUAAUAAUAACAACAACAACAACAACAAUGCUGCUAGCAGUAACAAGGAAGAUGACUCGACGACGAGCAUCAGUGAGCUGGAAAGUGCCGAUACGAAUUCAAUGACCGGUGACAAGCUGGAUCUAGAAGAAAGCAAAAAGUUUUCCGGAAAGAAAUCCGCCAUCUUGGAGAAUGAUAUCAUGGAGAUCGAUCUUGUCGACGAUGAGAUGGUCAAUGGAAAGAAAUCCGACACGGGCGGAGACGCCCUGGAUGGACCAGCUGCGACGUCAAAUUCCUCCCUUUCGACGGGUAGUUCGUUAACGAUUUCUUCUUCCGGAAUAUCUACCUCCAAUGCAGCAUUGAUAGACAGUGAAGCCCCAAUGGAAGUUGACGAUCAGUCCAGUUCUAGUGUGAAAGGAUCAGAUUCGGCUAGUAGCAGUACCAUUAUCAUCAAAUAAGAGACAACACCAGCCGAAUCAGCGUAAUGUCCACCCCAACUCCUUUUUAAACUUCCUUCAUUAAACCCCAUCUUGCUUUGUCAUUUUGUACCUUGUCUCUUCUGGUUUUCGUAGAAGUAGAAUACCAUAAUAUGCUAUAGGGAAAGUCUGGCAUACAAAAAUCCAAUCGUUUCGGAUGCGCUGCAAAUGAAGAUGUAACUCGAUCGGAAACGAGUUUUUAAAGUUCAAUUGAAAUAGUUUCCCUAUAGCAUAUUUGAAUACCACUGUAUUAUUAUUAUUUUUUUCGUAGCAGUAGUGGCACUGUUCUCACGAAUGUAACACUGUUCAACAUUGUAUGCAUAAUCGUAAAGUAAACUGCCUUUAAGCAGACUUCUAAAUUUUCACGGUAGUAUUAUUUAAAUAAUUUCCUUAAAUGAUGCCUACCGUGGCAGUUUCAAAGCCUGACUCAUAUAGUGUCGAUUGUAGACCACGUUGGAUCUACCAAUUUUAUUAAGACAUGAACUACCAAAAACAUGGAACCUAAAAUAAGCGCAAAUCAUCAUUGAUUGGAUGUUUAACCACAUCACCUUUUGUUUCUAACCGUCCCGAUUUCCACACGAUGAUUUUAGUUCCACAGAAAAAUUUAUCUGUCUAUUUAUUUGUCCGUGACAAAGGUUAGCUAGGAAACUUACACACGAAGAAGAAAAAGAAAAAAAAAUGCCUGAAUCGUAUUAGUGGUUCACAAAACAAGAUGCAUACAACACAAUUAACACAUGCUUGCAAAUACGCCCUUAACAAUUUGCAGGUCACGAACUUACCUAUACCAACAAUUUAGGGAAAGGAAAAACAGAAAUGCACUGUUUCCUUCAGACACACAUGGUAUAGGCACCGUUGAAAAAAACUAGAAACCGUUAUUAUUAUUAUUAUUAUUAUGCUAUCAUAAUUGAUUACAGAAAAAAACUAGAAUAAAGGCAGAUGAUUAUUUAACAGAGUUGACUAAACUACAAAACAUGGAAAACAGAUAAGUAAUAUGAUAGAUCGAAAACACUCUUACACAAUUCUGAUUAAAAAAAAAAACAGGAAAAUAUAUGCGACAUUGAAUGCCUCUAAA